AUGACCAUCACUCCGAUUCCGCACUCGUUAACGAUGACGCUGCUCGCCGCGCUCCUGUCGCGAGCUGUCGGGCGCUUCUCGUCAUGUAGCCGGCAUCAGCGCAUGUUGUUGUUUAUUGCGGGUCUGCUGCUUUGCCGUAGAAAUCUGCUGGUCUCUUGCUCGAUCCACGAGAUGCACGAAAAGGUCACAGGCUGCAAGAUCACUGAGAGAAUGUUUGCAGAUGGCCACGGUCCCUGGGGGACUGUUGAACGCUCCAUAGUCCACGUCGACGCGACGUUACGUCCAUUGAAGGAUCAUGAGGUGCAAGAUACCAUCACGGUGCGGAGACUAAGUGACUAUUUCGACUUUGGCGUCGUGUUGGCCGCCUAUUCCUCGGACGCGGCACUUACUGUAGGCUUUGACGAUCGCACGGCCUGUAGCUGGAACUUCUCCAACUCUAGCAAUAUGCAGGGCGAACUUCAGGGGAAAUUCUACCUAAUGGAGAGGGAUCAGACGCUUCAGGUGAAUACGACAUUCUACCCAAAGGAAGGAGGACUACAGACGGCGUUGCUGGUGCCUUGUUGGAAACAGAAAAGCGCAGCGUUCGGAUAUCCUGUCAGUGCAGACAAGUUCGUGGCAUAUCCGAUGGUGGAUCCAUUGCUCCAUGUGGACGGGGAGUUUGCAUUCCGGAAUCCAUACGGCUAUUUGCCUGGACUACUGUAUGGGUUGUUCCCGUUCAACGGGGUUUUGUCGUUGAUGUAUGGUGCACUGGAUGUGUACUUUUUGGUUUUGAUCUACCGCUACCGACAGAGCGUUGUUGGGACGCACUAUUUCCUACUUAUCGUAUUGCUGCUGGCAACUGGCGAAUCGGUAGCGUGGUUUGUAACGUACAAGCUGCUGAAUGAUUCAGGUGUGCCCGUUUGCUGUCCCUACCCGGACUCGGUGCUGUUCUCUACGUUCAUGAAGGUGCUGGCGGGAAUGGUGGCGCGUAUUGCUACAACGCUAGUCAGUUUGGGCUAUGGAAUUGUGCGGAUGCAGAUUUCAUGGCCAGAGGUGUUCGUCGUUUCCGGACUUGGCGUAUGUUACUUCAUUGCUGUUGGAGCGCUGGAAGUGAGUCAUCUAGCCAAUCAGUCGGACGGUGAUGUUCGGCCUCCUGCUGUCUGGGAAGCGCUCGUCAUUAUGACCAAUGCAUGCUUCGGUGGAUGGAUAUUCUUGUCGCUUGAGCUGACACGCAAGAACCUUGCUGCCUUCGGCCAGACUGCAAAACUGCAGGUAUAUACUUCUCUCAAUCGGAUAUUGGUAGCUUACGUGAUGACCUCUUUCUUCUUGAUGGCAAUCGAAGGGGCUAUCUAUUCGGGCGCCGUGUGGUUACCUUGGACGUAUACAUGGGUUAUAUGGGCGGCAACUCGCUUACUCUUCUUCGGGAUUUUGCUAGUUGCAGUGUAUCUAUGGCGACCGACGAAGCACGGUUUGCUCUACGCACAAAUGGAUCAACUUCCGAAUCGCGAACCAGUUACGCCGCAUUCUAUCGCCCGUGGUAUUGAGCUGAAUCAACGUAUAGCCUCAGCAGCAGACGACGAAAACUCCCCGCCUUCCAAACACUCGCCUGCUAUACCAAUCAAAAGCACUACAUGUAGUGCUACCUCUGUCGAGUCACUAUAA